AUGGAUCCAAACAUCUAUGCAGUGGUACUUGACACGCUCAAUAGAGCAACCAGUCAAGAUACAGAAAUCCUCAAACCAGCUGAGAAGAAGUUGAAAGAAUGGGAAAUAGAACCUGGGUUUUACUCUGUUCUUUUGAAUAUACUUUCAAAUCAUUCAGUGGACAUAAAUGUUCGUUGGCUGGCUGUGAUGUGUUUCAAGAAUGGUGUAGACCGAUAUUGGCGACGUAACGCCCCUAAUGCUAUUACGGAAGAUGAGAAAAUUAAGCUCCGACAGGGUCUACUGAACUCCAAUAUAUUGAGUGAACCUAUCACUCAAAUAGCAACACAAGAAGCAGUUCUGAUUGCUAAAAUUGCUAGGUUUGAUUGUCCAACAAAUUGGACAAACUUAGUUCCAGACCUGAUUGGAGCAUUAAAAGCACCUCAGCCCUUGGUCCAACAUAGAUCGCUAUUGAUAUUUCAUCAUGUUGUCAAAGCUUUAGCUUCUAAGAGACUUCCUGCUGACAAAGGGACAUUUCAGGAGCUGACAAGUUCGGUGUAUGGUUUCAUAUUAAACAUCUGGCAUGAAAACACGGAGCUAUUUCUUCAACACAUUCAAGAAGGUGCUGCCACAGAACUAAUAACGGAACCCUUAGAAAAGGCACUUUUAUGUCUCCGUAUGCUCAGGAAACUUACUGUAUUGGGGUUUAAAAGAGCCCAUGAAAGCCAAGAUGCUGUUGCAUUUUUAAAUGUAGUUUUUGAUAGAGCUAAAUCUAGUUUGGAGUGCAGAAAGCUUCUGAAAGGACGUGGUAUUUAUCCUCUAGAACUCUGCGAAAAGUUUAUAAUUCACUUGACAAAAGUGGCUUUGGGUAUAUUGUGCUUUCAUCCUUACUCUUAUAUACCACUUAUAAGGCCCUCACUAGAGUUUGCUCUGUACUAUUGCUUUACGGAGCAGGGAAUGCCACUCGCAUAUGAGAGGUUUACUAUACAAUGUUUGAAUAUUGUGAAGGGAAUUCUUCAGUGCUUGGAAUUCAAACCUCCUAAGGCACCAGUGGACCAGGUUAAGGCCCCGUUGACUCUACAAGCUCACCAAAUUAAAUCGGAAGUCCUAAAUGAGAACACAGUAUGCCACAUGUGCAGACAUUUAGUCACACACUACUUUUUACUUAGCUCUGAUGAUCUUGCCUUAUGGGACGCAGAGCCUGAGAGCUUUGCCACAGAUGAAGUUGGGGAAUCUUGGAAGUACAGUCUAAGACCGUGUACUGAAGCUGUGUUUAUGGAGCUAUUUCAUGGGUACCGCGGCCUUCUAGAACCAGAGUUGGUUCGACUUCUGGCUUCAUUACAAGAAACCCGUGUGCCACCGGAUGAUUUGCCCAAUAUACUGAAGAAGGACGCUAUAUAUAAUGCUGUCAGACUUGCAGCCUUUGAUUUGUAUGACGAUGUGGACUUUGAUGAAUGGUUUACCAAUGUCUUGAGCCAAGAAUUAAAAAUUAAGGAUAAUAACUACAGAAUUAUUAGAAGGAGAGUGUGUCAACUUAUUGGUCAGUGGUGUGGAGUAAGAUCAUCACCGUCACUAAGACCAGCGAUGUAUGAAGCUCUACUUGAACCACUAACUAGGUCUGACGAGGACGCAGCGGUGAAGCUGGCUGCGGCCGAAGCCCUACGAAGUACCAUCGACGAUUUUAACUUCGAAGUCGAACAAUUCGCACCUUACGCGCACCAUGCACUUGCAGCUCUUUAUGAUCUCCUGGUUGAAUCCGAAGAAUGCGACACGAAAAUCCAUGUGCUGCACGUAAUAUCGUACGUGAUGGAGCGUUGCGGAGCGGUCGUGAGUCGCGGGGGCGGAGCCAGUGCGCUGUUUGCGUAUUUACCGCAGCUAUGGCAUCACGCUGCUUCACAUCACAUGCUGAGAGCGGCCGCGUUAGCCGCAGUUGUACACCUCGUAAAGGCGGCAGGUGAAUGUGCGGACAGCAUACGACCGUGGAUUCUCUGCAUAGUGAACGAGUCCACAUGUUUAAGUGAGCCAGCGCAUGUAUAUCUAUUGGAAGACGCCCUAGAAUUGUGGCUGACCGUACUUGAGGCUGCACAUGUUUCUGAUCCGCAGUUAUUAGAUUUAGCGAGAAAUCUUUGUCCUAUAUUGGAGUCAUCGACAGAACACCUCCGUAUAGUAGUCUACAUAAUGCAAGCAUAUGCCUUUCUAUGCCCCGAGGAGUUCUUCUCGUGUGAAGGUGCAAAAUGCAUGGCACUAUUGGAUGAUAUGCUGAGCGAUAUGCGAACAGAAGGGGUGAUAGCGGCAUUAAAGAUGGCGGAGAUUUGCGUUAGCAUCGUGUACCCGGAGAGGAACCGGUACCUAGGCGUCGAGGUUAUUUGGCCUAUUUUGAAGCGAGUUAUACACUGCCUUCUAGAAGGAGACGACCUGCCACUAGUGUUCUCAGUACAAUUGUGCCUCCUAUCGCGCGUGAUCCUCUUCUCAUCAGAUCUGUUCUAUAAAGCGGUGCAAGACGCGUCCAAAAAUCUUCCCGAUUACGACUCCGAUCCAGAGAAAGUUCUUAACAAAUUACUCCAUGUUUGGACGGAGAAGAUGAAUUGUGUUACGCAAGUCGAGCGGUGGAAAGUUGUAGGUCUGGGCCUAGCCGCUUUAUUAACGACGCAGAACGCUACAGUGCUACAACGGUUCCCUGCGAUUCUACUAAAUUUGACAGAAGUUCUUAAUGAUGUAAUGAAAUUGGAAGAUGGCGGCACUUAUGUUGAUGGUCUGUUAGCACCGCCUGGUUCAAGACCGGCGUCUCCAUUGGAGGGUCGCGGGGGUGCGGCAAGGUGGGAGGGCGAAGAGGGCGCGGCUGUCGAGAGUGUGCGGACACCGCAUGAGACGCGACGCAGGCAACUAGCCGCGACCCAUCCGGCUCAUGCUUUAGAUUUACGUGCUGUUACCCACCAUCAGUUGCAAACGUUGAAGAGCCAAGUCGGAACAGAGACGUUCGAGCGACUUCUUCAAUCUACUGACAAGGAUACGUUGCAGCAGCUCCGGGAAUAUAUACCUCUGUAG